UUUCUCUCGUACCACCAUGUCUCUCCCAGACCCAGUUCCCUUCAAGAUCGCGGUCCCGGACGAGAAAAUCCGCCUUCUCCAUCAGAAACUCAACUUGGUCAGUUUCCCCGACGAGCUCGACGAUGCUGGCUUAAAGUACGGCGCGCCACUAGCAGAUAUCCGUCGCCUCGUUGCUCGGUGGAAAGAGGGCUACGACUGGCGAAAAAACGAAACCGCUUUAAAUUCCGACUUGCCCCAGUUCACACUCAACAUCUCUGUUGACGGAUUUGGGACGCUCAAUGUCCACUUUGUGCAUCAGACCAGUAAAGUUGAGAAUGCUAUCCCGUUGCUGUUCAUUCACGGCUGGCCUGGCAGUUUUAUUGAAGUGCAGAAACUCCUUCCGCUUUUGACGAAACCCUCCCUCGAGUACCUGAGCUUUCAUGUCGUCGCCCUCAGUCUGCCUGGAUAUGGGUUCUCGCAGGCACCCACCAAGCAAGGAUUUGCAAGUGCGCAAUAUGCAGAGGUCGGACAUAAGCUCAUGCUCGCUCUCGGCUACAAUGCUUAUGUCACUCAGGGGGGCGACUGGGGAGCACGCAUCACUCGUACCGUAGCUGCCAAAUAUGGCGGAAGCCAUGCAAAGGCAUGGCAUACCAACUUUCCGCUUGGAGCUAAACCCCCAAUAUCACGACCCUUACUCUGGCUCAAGGACCAUCUUUUGCCCUUGGACGCUGCCGAGAAAGCGGGCAUGCAGCGCUCCAAGCUAUUUGAUGCUACAGGUCGCGGAUACUUCCACGAGCAAGCGACCCAGCCCCAGACUAUCGGUUACUCUCUGGCCGAUUCCCCCGUUGGUCUUCUUGCUUGGAUUUACGAGAAAUUAAUCAACUGGACAGACGAAUACCCAUGGGGAGACGAUGAAGUAUUAACCUGGGUUUCUAUAUACCUGUUUUCUCGUGCAGGCCCUACGGCCUCUCUGCGAAUUUAUUACGAGACAAGACAGGAAGAUUCCACCGUCGCACCCAAGUCAAAGCAACCAGGUUCUUUGCUCACUGUAUGGACCCAAGCCAUUGGUAACCUCAAGUUCACAUCCGAACACUCCCAUGGAGGUCAUUUCGCAGCACAUGAGAAGCCAUCUGAACUAGCAGAUGAUUUGAGGAAGUUCUUCGGCAAAGGCGGGGCUGCAGCUGGAGUAGUUCCCGGGAAGACCGGGUAUGACUAA